UGCAACUACAGUGUCUAAAGUUUUAUGUAAUGCCUGCGGACCCAUGGAAUACUGGUUGUAAAACGGAGUCAUCAACUAGGACCGACUCCAAGAAUAAGUAGUGUCAUCACUCUCAGUUGAUUUAUUCAAGAAGCUCCAUGAAAAGCACAUAAAUUUAACAGAAAAGGAUCAACUAAAGCUUCAAGCCUUCUAUUCUCAUUCAUCAAAUCGGGAAAAUGAAUUGGAUAUUUUACAGGCAUCAAGAAUUUCGAAUCUUGCGUUACAGCACUAGAUAUUGACAUUCAUGGUAUGAUUCCCAUGGGAUUAAUUAAAUUCACAACUCUCUAAAUGACUUUUAAUUGAAUUAUCUCCAUAUAUUCCAUCUAAUGGGGAAGCAACACUGCCUUGAUUUAUUACUCAGUAAUAUACCGUCUUCUUUCGUCGCCUACAUUGACAAGUGCCCUGAGUUUCAAAGUAUUGAUAAUUGGCUGUGGAAAUGUUUAAUAAACGAAAACAGUAAAAAGUACGCUUGUUUAGUAAUUACCUCUGGACUGUGCGACUAUGGACCUUUGGAGAAUUGUCAGCAGUCACUCAAAAUUUUACAUACAAAUAAUUAUCCGAAUUCUGAAUACCUCAUAAACAGCUUAUCUGAAUUAUCUAACACUGCUGAAAAACAAGAUAAUCAGCGUCUAUUCAUUUUCAUAGAGUCUUUAUCUUGGUUUCUGCUUGACUGUCCUGCUGAUUAUGAAUUUGAUCAUUGGUGUCACUUUAUUGUUGGUUCACUAUUCAAUCUUUCAUCGAUACAUAAUGUUUACAGAAUCAUUUGUCACUUUCAUCCUAUCAUGAAUAAUUCUAAAGAAGUAUAUUAUGGUGCAUCUUCUACGAUUAUUGACAUAUUGGAAGCAUGUGCGACGUCAGUUAUUCACUCUGGUUCAUUGGAUAAGUCAAAUAUUCUCAGAAACCGGAUCUCCCAGUCGAUCAGUUUAUUUCAUCGUCGAAGUCUUCAAGGUGAAUGCAAUAAAAGCUCGAGUAACAUGUUAGCCUUCAAUAAGUCUUCAUUUUCAGAAAAUGGUAUUAUCGAGCUUGAUACUCAGACUUUAAGGAUUUUAAAGUUCUCUUUGCAUAAAAAUGAGCCGGAUUUUACACCAAUAAGUAAUCCACUACCUCAGAGUACUUUUGAAUUGACAAUGAGUGAAAGUGAAAAAGCCGCGCGUAGUCUUGUGGUUUUACCACAUGAAGCAGCACGUCUAGCCAGUAAAUCUGGAACAAAUGACUCUAGUUGCAAUAUUCAAUACCAACCGGAUUGUUUUGAUGACCUAGAUGAUGAAGAUCCAGAUGAUGACCUAGAUAUUUGAACACUUAUCAUGUUCUGUUUUAUUUUUGUAUAAUAGUUUAUUUUCAAGUUGUAUCUUUAAUAAAUUUUGUAAAAGACUAAAUUAAGAUCUUCGGUUAAUCAGUAAUGUAUAAAGAUAUAAGGAAUAAAAUUUUUAUACUUG